AUGGGGGUCAAGACGUUGUCGGCGCCGGCGGCUGACUCAAGUGCCCCCGAACCACGUGAAAUGAUCGCCUAUUACACGAAUAUACCCUCUAGUUAUUUUGUUCACACUCUCAUCACUCUAUUCAUUACACCAUUAGUUCUUAUCGCAUUCUUUGCCUUUUUACCCUUCUUUUGCAUCUCUAGGAUCAUCCUUUUUCUAUAUAAGCUUGUGGUGAAUGAAAACAUUGAAGGAAAAGUUGUUCUUAUCACUGGCGCUUCAUCAGGAAUUGGAGAGGAAUUGGCUUAUGAAUAUGCAAGAAGAGGUUGUUCAUUAGCAAUCGUAGCGAGAAGAGAGAAUAACUUUUGAAAAGUAGCUGAGAAGGCAAAGAGUUUAGGGUCUCCAGAUGUCAUAUCUAUUGUAUCCAAAGUCCAAGACUGCAAACGAUUUGUAGAUCAAACUGUCCAACAUUUUGGCCGACGUAAGCAAAUGGAUCAUCUCGUCAACAAUGCUGGAAUCACCUCUUUGUGCUCUAUCAAUGAAGUCACGGACAUUGCCAUGUUAACACCUCUUAUGGAGAUCAACUUUUGGGGGUCUGUUUACCCAACAUAUUUUGCAAUUCCUCAUCUUAAGAAGACAAGAGGCAAAGUGUUUGUCAAUUCUUCAUCCGUGGCAAUUGUGCAACCACCCUCUUUUAGUUUCUAUGCUGCGAGUAAAGCAGCACUAAUAAGCUUUUAUGAGACUGUGAGAGUGGAAUUGGCUCCAGAAAUCUCAAUUACUAUUGCAACGAUAGGUUACAUCGACUCUGAAAUAAUGGGAGGAAAACACUUGAAGGAUGGUGUCAUGCAAAUUGACUCACACAAAUUUAGUGAUGGGACUCUUCUUCCAGUUAUGAGUUGCAGUGAUUCUGCAAAAUCAAUAGUGAGUGCAAUAUGUCGAAAAGAACGACAUAUUACAGAGCCAAAAGAUAUUUGGGUGCUUUUGUUCGUUAAAACUGUGUGCCCUCAACUGUUUGAAUGGUUCUAUCGCACCUUUAAGCCCAAUGUUUGUACUGGCAAACAUACCUUAUAACUGAUUUUUAUUUUUUAUUUUAUGUUAUUGUUUUGACAUUUCUAGGAUGUUUUUUAUAACGAUCAAAGGGUGAACGGUUAAUAAACUUGAAGUUUAUUGGUUAAAUUUAUCUCUCAUUGUAAUUAUAUUAUUGGGUUAAAU